AUGAAAAUAUUAAGUGCAUUGCUUCUUCUUUUUACGUUGGCCUUUGCUGAGGUCAUUGAGCUGACCAACAAGAACUUUGAUGACGUGGUUCUAAAGUCCGGAAAGUACACCUUAGUGAAGUUUUAUGCCGAUUGGUGUUCGCAUUGCAAGCGAAUGAAUCCAGAGUAUGAAAAGCUGGCCGAAGAACUGAAGCCAAAGAGUGAUCUGAUCCAGAUUGCCGCCAUUGAUGCUAACAAAUACUCAAAGUACAUGAAGGUGUACGAUAUUGAUGGAUUUCCGACGAUGAAAUUGUUCACACCCAAGGACAUAUCUCAUCCGAUCGAAUUUUCUGGAUCAAGAGACAGUGAAAGCUUUUUGAACUUUUUGGAGUCAACUACUGGUUUGAAGUUGAAGAAGAAGGCGGAAGUAAAUGAGCCUUCGUUAGUUCAAUCAAUUGAUGAUUCAACAAUAGAUGACCUUGUUGGGAAGGACAGGUUUAUUGCAGUUACUGCUUCGUGGUGUGGAUAUUGCAAAAGAUUGCAUCCUGAAUGGGAGAAGUUAGCCAAAGCUUUUGGCAAUGACGAUAUUGUCAUCGGAAACGUUGUUACCGAUGUUGUGGAAGGUGAGAAUAUUAAGGCGAAGUAUAAAGUUCAAUCUUUCCCGACUAUCCUGUACUUCACAGCAGGCUCAGAUGAACCAAUAAGAUAUGAAUCUCCAGAUAGAACUGUUGAAGGUUUGGUUAAAUUUGUCAAUGAACAAGCUGGCUUAUUUCGUGAUCCAGAUGGAACUUUGAAUUUCAACGCCGGUCUAAUUCCAGGAGUGAGUGAUAAACUUACCAAUUACAUUAAGGAAAAAGACCAAAGUUUAUUGGAGUCAACGUUAGACUUGCUAAGCAACCAUGAACAUAUCAAGGACAAAUUCAGUGUCAAAUACCACAAGAAGGUCAUAGAAAAGUUGUUGAAGGGAGAGAAUGAAUUCCUCAACAAUGAAGUUGAGAGGCUAUCAAAAAUGCUGAAUACAAAGCUAUCGGCAAACAAUUCAGACUCUGUGAUUAAAAGACUGAAUAUCUUGCGCAAUUUUAUUGAGGCCAAAACUGAGUCAAAACCCCAGUUAUUACACCAAGAGCUAUAA